CAUGCUCGAACUCCACCCGCCGCGCCGGAGGUGGGACUACUGUGCCCGCAGAAGCGGAGAGCAGAAGCAUGCGGGCGGAUGCCGCUUUGGGUUGGCUCCGACGGCUGUCUUGGGCUGCUCAGCAGGGCAGCAUUUCCGGCAGAAGGGCAGCCACGCGGCUUCUGCAGCCUCGGCCGCAGAGUUGCCGCGGUUAUUCACUCGGAUUCAUGGCUCGGGUUCAGUACGACACGGAGCAAAGGGGGCGCCUGCAUUCAACCGAUUUUCGCCUCUAUUUUAAGAACUCAAAGGGAAAAUACAUUUCCCCAUUCCAUGACAUCCCUCUGUUUGCUGACCCAAAUGAGGAUGAGAUGAUUCCUGCAAAACGAUCAAAGAACAAUGGAAAUGAGGUUGUAUUUAAUAUGAUUGUAGAAGUGCCUCGUUGGACGAAUGCUAAAAUGGAGAUUGCCACCAAGGAGCCACUGAAUCCUAUUAAGCAAGAUGUAAAGAAAGGCAAGCUGCGAUACAUAGCAAACAUUUUUCCCCAUAAAGGCUAUAUUUGGAACUAUGGGGCCUUCCCACAGACUUGGGAAGAUCCAAGGCAUACAGAUGGUAAUACAGGAUGCUGUGGUGACAAUGAUCCUAUUGAUGUUUGUGAAAUUGGUGCCCAGGUUCGGACACUUGGUGAAGUUGUUAAGGUGAAGGUCCUUGGAAUUAUCGGUCUUAUCGAUGAAGGAGAAACUGACUGGAAGGUCAUAGCUAUCAGUGUGGAUGACCCACAGGCUGAGAAAAUCCAUGAUAUUGAUGAUGUCAGGAAGUUUUUCCCAGGUUACCUUGAAGCUUCAGUUAACUGGUGCAAACUAUAUAAGGUCCCAGAUGGGAAGCCAGAAAAUAAGUUUGCUUUUAAUGGGACAUUUAAAAACAAGGCAUUUGCUUUGGAAAUCAUCAAGUCCACCCAUGAAUGCUGGAAAGCUUUGGUUCACAAAAAGUCUGAUGGAGGAGCCAUAAAAUGCACCAACCUUCUGGUGGACACUAGCCCAUAUUGCUGCAAUGAAGAAGACAUCCAAGCUAUUGUGCAAUCUGCUCCACCAUUUGUGGAAGAGCCUUCUGUUUCCAAAGAAGAUAUACAACUGAAGCCACCGAUGAUUGGAAUCAAAGGCACUGUAGAUUUUCUGUCCUGUAAAUAAAAUAGAUUUUUACAUUUUUCCUCUGAAUUGUACUCUGUCAUUAAUGGAUACAACUCAGCAAGUGAUAUGGACACUGUUUGUGGAACACUGUUUUAGAUCUGGAAUAUGAAUUGCAGGGGAUUAAUAUUAAUAAAGCUUUGUUAAUAAUGGUU